AAGAUUGUCAAUAAUUUGAAUAUCCACGCCAGUUUUGUGAGGGAUCAUAAGGUUUACGCAGUGGAUGGAAUGAACAGAACCUAUUACUACUCGCCGAGGGAAGUUAAAUGGGAAAUUGGGAACCGUGAUCAACCCAAAGGAAGCCGGAGGGAUUGGUGUAUGAUUGAUAACUUGAUUUAUUGUGUUAGUUGAAACGGGACUAUAUUUUGGUGCGAGCCAGAUGAGUUGGAUUUGCGUGGCAGCGGCAGCGAGGAGGAGGAGAUUAUUAUGGAUACAAAAGAUGUCAAGGGUUUGGGCUACUCUAUGAAAAUGAAUCUCUUUCUUUUGAAACUUGUCCACGUUGGUGACCAGUUCCUACAUCGGUGGGAACAAACUAAGAUCCAUAAUGGACAUCCGCCGCCAAAUAAGAGGAGCAAGUUUGGUAGAAUCCGAGAGUUGGAAGGUUUAAUUCCAGGUGCCAGACUGAUCAACUCUGGUGGUGGCAACAUGGUGCUUUUCUGGGAUCACUUCGUAGACAUGGAUCGCCUUGAGAUUUGGUGUGCCGAGAUUUCCUUGGAGAGACGCCAAGACGAAGGAGGAGGAGGCGAUGAGAUUUGGGGCAAAACUGAGUGGUCUAAUGUUGUCAUGACCUUUGAACCUUGGCGACAUCACCACAAGCUUUUGCAUUCUGUUUCUAAAUUCAAUGUAAGGUGAAGCUCACUCCGGCAACAAGGAUGGAUACCCCUUCACCAUCAUCCUCUUUUUCUCGUCAUACAUCGGAGAGUCCAAAUGUUAAGAGGAAAGUUGAAAGCGCCUUUGGUCUCUUCUGCGUCUUGAGAAAGGGAACCCGUGGGGGAGAUGA